UUGCCUUCCCGGAUUGUUAGUCCCCUUUUCGGAGAGGUGGCCAAUGGGGCGUCGAGUACUGCUCCCAGGAUGAGGCUGGCCCUGCCCCCCAAGAAACGGCUAUCUGGGUCCCACUCCCAGGCGUUGACUGGGACCUGCCUGCGCUUGCGCAGUCUCACCCUCUGGGCUGCACAGUGCGACCUUCCUUUUGGCGUUCCUGGCUUCGACAGGGCGUUUCCUCUUCGCUGUGUGGACGCUCGUGUUUCUUUCACUUUUCUCCCUGUGCCCCAACUCCCGAUCUACCCUUCUCUUUUUUAUGUGUUCCCCCUCCUGUCAUUUUCCCGCUUCCUUCCCUUAUCCCACCCCUUUCUGUGUCUCUCUUACCGUCCGUUUCGGUGUUGAUUUUCCUAACUCCUAUUUUCCCCAUUCUCUUGGAGUUUCUCUCUGCCUGUCUGUCCUGCUGAUUUUCGGGCCCCCUUCCUCCACGUUCUUAAUUUCCAAAUAGCCUGGCCCAGUUCCCCACCCCCACCUCCCCCGCCCAUCCUUCGCUUUCUUUCUGAGACGCCCACUGUAGUUUUUCUAUGUCUUCAUAGACAUAGAUAUCCUCUCCACCCACCCCCGGUGUGCAUCUCGCUCCCUGAUUUCACCAGAAUUCAUCAGUUUCAUCUGGGCUCCACUCUGUAAUCAUCGCCUGCCUUCUCGUGACCCAGAGGCAAGUGAACAGAGGAUUCAGAAGCUAACUAGAACUGACCUUGAUUGAUACCUGGAUUGAAAUUGGUUCCAGAUUGACCUCUAGCAUCCGGAGACCCGGACCCAGGACCAUGGGACCCCGGCACUUGAGCCCUGUGCAUCUGCUCUGCCUCCUAGGGGCCAUCUCCACUCUGCCUCGGGCUGGGGCUCUUUUGUGCUACGAAGCAACAUCCUCGCUCUUCAGAGCUGUUUCUCUCCAUAACUGGAAAUGGCUUCUGAUGAGGAGCAUGGUGUGUAAGCUGAGUGAGGGCUGUGAGGAGACGCUGGUAUUCAUCGAGACAGCUGAAGGGUCCAGAAGGGGAGUUGUGGGUUUUAAGGGCUGCAGCCCAGCCUCCUCUUACCCCCAGCAAGUCUCUUACCUCGUUUCACCGCCUGGACUGUCCGUUGCCUCCUACAGCCGCGUCUGCCGGUCAUAUCUCUGCAACAACCUCACCAGCUUGGAUCCUUUUGUGAAACUCAAGGCCAACACUCCGAGGUCUACGGCAUUUUCUUCCCAUGGUUGCCCAACCUGUGUGGGCGAACACUCUAAGGGCUGCCUCCCAAGUUUGGUCACCACUGAUUCUUGCCCCUAUGAUGCCUCUCAGUGCUACAGUUCCACCUUAAAAUUUCAGGCAGGGCUCCUCAAUACCACCUUCCUCCUCAUGGGCUGUGCUCGUGGACAUCACAAACUUUUAGCAGAUUUUCACCAUAUUGGGAGCAUCAGAGUGACCGAGGUCCUCAACAUCUUAGAGAAGGCCCAGAUUGCUGGUGUAGAGCCCUCCAGUCGGGGUCCUGCUUGGGGCAUCCUCUCAGGGCUUCUGCUUGCCUUCAGGGACUGACAGUCUGGCCGGACUGGACAAACCCCUUCCCAUAACCCAGUAAAGUCACAGAGUUGCCUUUC